AUGUCUUCCUAUCUCGAGAAGCAGCAGGCUCAGUUCAAGAGCAGUGCUAUUUCUGCGGCUCCCCAGAUUGCCACGAAGAAACGCAAACUCACGGCCCCUACUCCAGAAUCCGCCCCAUCCCCAGCACCCUCUAACACUUCGACCACCUCGAAAGCCGACAGCAAGGCCCCGAAGAAGAAAGAGUCAGCAAAUGUCGUCUACUCUCAACCCGCGACGACGGGAUAUGGAACAGAUGCCUUCACCCAGGUCACCUAUGUUAUCGAUUUCUUGAAGAAGAAAGAUGAAGCGAAGACGUUCAAGGAUAUCCUGGAGUACCUAAGCCAGAUGCAUGCGGAUGAUCGGAUGAAGCAAACGAUUGCGAGAGUUCUGAAGAAACACGACCGAGUCCAAUGGUUCCCAGACCCAAGUCUGAAGACCCAAACUUGGUACUCGGGAAAAUUCAUGCACCGACCUAUCAUCAACGUCCGCUCCAAAGGUGAUCUCCUCGCACAUCUUCAGCGUAAGGCCGAUGCGCAAGGAGUCUCUGUCAAGGAUCUGAAGGAUGGCUGGCCAGACUGUGAGGAGGCCAUUGACGAGUUGGAGCGAGAGCAUAAGAUCUUGGUCACAAGAACAAAGAAGGACAACCAUGCUAGGAUGGUCUGGAGCGACGAUCCAACCUUGUUUCAUGCCACCGAUCCAGAAUUCCAAGUCAUGUGGCACAAAAUCGAGUUACCCUCCGUUGAUGAGCUUGUCCGAAAGCUUCAAGAAGCUGGUCAGAAGCCUGCAAGUGAAGACCCUGCGAAGCGUAUCAAGGCCGCACCGAAGCUGAAGGAGAAGAAGAAGAGAGCCGCACGCAGUGGUGGCAAGACUACUAACCUACACAUGUCCCAUCUUCUUAAGGAUUACUCAUACAUGAAGAAAUAG